GUGGUUUAAGUGAGACAACCUUUGUGCUAGUUUGACCCCACUGAUCUUGUUUGACAGCUCACAAACAAGUGUAUACGUAACAACAUAUGGGUCCCACAAACACAGAUAGACACGCACUUUACUCUAUCACUUUCUCUCUCCCUCCCUUCCUUCGUUUACUCUCUAAUCUCAUCCCAAUUCUCACUCUCACUCACUCACCACCACCAUGGACCCAACUUCCUUCGAUCUCCCUCCACCACCACCCACCACCACCACCACCACCGUCCCCUUCUCCCUGGAACCCAACUUCACCUCCUCCGUCACUCACCCUCCUUACGCCGAGAUGAUAUACAAAGCAAUAGAGUCACUAAAAGAGAAAGACGGUUCAAGCAAAAGAGCAAUAGGAAAAUUCAUAGAACAAAACUACGGUAACGUUCUUCCACAACAACACACCACUCUCUUGACUCAACAUCUCAACCACUUGAAAUCUGCUGGUCUUCUCAUCACCUUCAAAAAAUCUUACAAACUACCUUCCUCACUCCCCCCACCUCCAACCGUCACUAGAUCUGACUCCGAAUCUCAUCUCCCUUUCACUCCAUUAACCCAAAAAGCCCGUGGCCGUCCCCCGAAGCCCAAGCCCGAACUUAAUUCCGAACCCGAACUAACUGCCCAGCCGGUUUUCGUUUCUCUAGACCCUCCUACUCACGACGAGCCUCCACCUCCUACAACCACCGUUGGCCCGACUCUAAGCCCGACUGCAAGCCCGACGACUCUAUCUGUGAAAAGAGGACGCGGUCGUCCGCCUGGGACCUUCAGAUCUAAGUCGCUGAAGAGUACCAGCCGUCCUCCUAAGCCCAAAUCUGUGUCGAACGGGCUUAAACGACGACCGGGCCGUCCUCCGAAAAGUCAAUCUCAACCGACUGUUAUACCUUUUUCAGCUCCCGCUGCUGUUCCUUUUCCUUCUGUUGUGACAGAUGGGGUUAUAGUACCUGUUGUUAGAUCUACCAGGCCCAGAGGCAGGCCCAAGAAGUAUGCAGAUGACGUGAUGUCAGGUCCUCCCACCAUGAGGCAGGGUCGUCCUCCCAAGCUUGCUCUCGUUGGUGGGCCCAAGAAUCCCUUCCGAAGGCCCGUGGGCCGUCCAAAGGGAGCAAAAGGUGUAAAAAAGUAUGCUGAUGAAGAUCUAAGAAAGAAACUUGAACACUUCCAAUCAAAGGUUAAGGAAUCUCUUGAAGUGCUUAAGCCUUAUUUUGAUCAUCAAAGUCCAGUGAGUGCAGUUGCAGCAAUUCAAGAAUUAGAAAUCCUGGCAACUCUAGACCUUAAAGCACCAUUAAGAGAUGAAACACAGCAACAGCAACAACAACACCAACCAGAGCAGUUUCCAGAACAGCUGCCGCUGCAACAACAGCUUCCACCUCAGCAACUGGUUCCGCCGCAGGUGCAGCAGAUUUAUGAACAGCAGUAUCUUCAGAUACCAUUGCAGCAACAGAUUCAGCAACUUUUUCAGCCGCAUAAUUUAGCUCCAAGCUAAGAAGAUUUACAUGACCCUUAUUUGGCGGAGAAUCAUUUGUAGAAGUUAUGUUGUAAAGCUAGUUGUAGGAAGUAGGAGCAGUACUGGUUUUCUGAGAAUCUAAUGAAUGACUGUCGUCCCUUUGAAUUUGUUUUAUGCUCCUUUAGAUUAAUUUACCUCUGGAAUAAUAUUUAGAGACUAGAGUACUGAUGAUUAUGUUGUUGUUCAAGUAAUAUUAAUUUAGAUUGAUGUUUUAUUUA